AUGGCCACAACCGAGCGACUCUUCGUCCUGCCGGGCGAGACAAUUGACCCAUCCCUCAUCCCAACGCACAAAAAACACCCGCUACGGCUAGGGCCCGGUCUCCGGCACAUUCCGCCAUCCGACAUCGUCCCAACCGUCGCCGGCCAGCUGAUCACCAACCCGCUCAAGAACUCCAUGUGGGUAGAAUACAACUCCCACCGGUAUAUCCCCUCCCAAGGCGACAUCAUCCUCGCCCAGAUCCUGCGCUCCACGACCGAUUUCUACCUGUGCUCCAUCUCGCCCUACUCGGCGCCCGCGACCCUGCCACACCUCGCCUUCGAGGCCGCCACCAAAAAGACCCGCCCGCAGCUCGCGCCCGGCUCGCUCGUCUACGCCCGCGUGAGCCUCGCCAACCGGCACAUGGACCCGGAGGUGGAAUGCGUGAACCCGUCGACGGGCAAGGCCGACGGGCUGGGCCCCAUCACGGGGAACGGGUGUGUCUUUGACGUGUCGCUCGGCUUCGCGCGGAGGCUGCUCAUGGCGCGGAACAGGGAGGAUGGCGGGGUCGGCGUGUUGGAGAUGCUGGGCGGGGAGGAAGGAGGCGGGCUGGCCUUUGAGACGGCGGUUGGCAGGAACGGGAAGGUGUGGGUAGGCAGUGAGAGUGCGCGGACGGUGGUGAUUGUGGGGAGGGCGCUGCAGGAGACGGAUCGGGGCGCGUUGGGGAUGGAGGAGCAGAGGAGGCUGGUCAAGAGGUUGGUGAAGGGGAUGAGGUGA